AUGUCUAGACCACUAUCAUACUUGAGUCUGAAAUGUGUUAUCCUAUUUUUGGAACCACAUUCAAGAUUCAAGGUGAUUGCCAGCAUGCCGUCGCUCAAAUUCGCUGAUUUAGCCAUUCCAUUUCAUAUUCACAAUUUGGAUUUGGAGCAGUCAAAAUUUAAAAUCAAUCAGGCAGAGUUCAAAUUUGACAUGGUUAAGAUAUUCAACAAGGACAAGACGAGAUACAAUGAGUAUUUCCGAUUGACAAUAAAUUACAUCACUCAUGAAUAUCUGACUGCACAGGAAUCAAUUGAAAAAGCGAUGUGGUACUUGGCGAAGAAACUGUUCAGAGACAAUAUGAUAGUGACUAAUUUGAGUUUGAGGAGCGAAGGAGAGGUGAGAUUGACCUGGUUGCCGUUUGAUCUCAAGUUGAAGACUCAUCGAUUGUUUGUAGGACAAGGUGCUUCUUUGAUUCAGGCUAAGCAACUAACCAGAGACUGUGACCCAACUAUUCAACGGGUAUAA